UCCCCUGACGACAGGCCAUAACCAACGCUGAAACGCCGCUGACUUCUCUUUAGGAAGGACAGGCCUGGGAGAGUCCCUAGAGGCCUGAGGAUGGCAAUGUGGCCCCGGGCCUAUACCCGCAAGAAGCGUUUCGGUCAAAAGCUCAAUCUGACCCCGACGCUGGACCUCAGGCUCCCCGCCGAGGUGGAGGUUGCCCCAAUUCCGGCUGCCCACCGUCGACCCCUCCGGGGUGGCCUGCAUUGUGGGGCUCGAGGUCUGAAGGGAAGAGGCGCCUUGGCAGGUGGUUUGCAGAAGAUCCGGGAGAAGGCUGAGCAGAGCGGGCAGGCAAGUGGUGCAUCUGAGGCCCCAAGUAUUCAGUUAAAACUUACAGGAGAGAAAAGCCCACACAAUACCACUAGUGAAGAGACUCGGGAUGAAGACACUGCUCCACUGAGUGAGUCAGAGACUGAUGACCUCCAAGUUGAAUGUAGUUCAUUAAAUAGUGAAGUAGCAUCAGGACUAAGUACGAAGCAUGACAUUUCUAGCUCUCUCCUGUGCUAUUCUGUCACAGACACUUGUGCAACAGAACAGAGUGCAGAUUGCAACAGUUUUGAAGAGAGUUUGAGUAAUUUCCCAUCACCUGAACUGUUCAGAGGAUCAGAUUAUUUAGACUGGGGUUGUUCCAGAUUGGAAGAGCACGUUUUAUGCAAGAAUUCCACUCUUCUGGAUACCAGUAAAGCAAUAGCAGUAGAAAAAGCAUCACAGUUUUCAAACCUCUCCGCAAUUUUAGGUGUCACUUCAGAAGACUAUCAGAAAUGCCAAAGACAAAUGUCAACUAGGAAUACCAAAGGAUACCACCUGGGACCACAACAAGGAAAGGCUAGACCUACUCUAGGAACCUACCAAACCACUGAAAUAGAGAUAAAAGAGAAACAGAGAGAAGCAGAGAUGCCACAGAAUUGCCCCACCAUCCAUGCAACUUCCCCCAGUGCUGUGGUUCUUCCAUGUGGUUGUGGGGCUCAACCUAAGGACUUUGAACAGAACACUUCAACUUGUGAGAUUUUACUUACUGGGAAAACUUACCCUUCAACCCCUGAAAAAACAAAGAAAAAAAACAUUAAUUUCAAUAUUCCUGAUAAGAAAAGCAGAGGCCUGUUAACAAGUACUCCAUCUUCUAAAACAUCUGGUUUAAUAAUUGAUUUGUCCUCAGUACAAAAAGCAUCUUUUGAAGAACUAGUUCCAAAUGUCAGCAAUUAUGUUAACUCAGAUGAAAUUGUUACUGUAUCAAGCUUGCAAGGCAAUUCUCCAAAUGAGGUUCCUUCAAGUCCACCAGAAUUAUGUUGUAUCAUUAGAGCAUCACCAGGAACUAGACAAAUGAAAACUAAAAGAGUUGUUGCAAAGAAGAAGAAAUACUCUCCUCCCAAAGAUUUUCCUGAAGAUAUUAUAAUAAAAACAAAUGGCAGAACAUUGCAGCUGUGACUGAAUUUUCACUACCUUGAAAAUAUGAAUGUGAAGUCAAAGUCCAUAAUACAGAAUGUCUGCCUGAAAUUAUAUAAGAUUAUAACUUCUCCAGUUACUUCUGAUAUGUGAC